AAGGAUGAAGCUGAAGAAGCAGGUGACGAUGUGUGGAGGAGCCAUAUUCUGUGUGGCCGUAUUUUCCCUGUACCUGAUGUUGGACAGGGUACAACACGACCCUGCAAGGCGACAGAACGGCGGUGGGAACUUCCCAAGGGUAAGACAUUAUCUAUAGACAUAGCACCGCUUGUUAGUUAGCUUGUUAGUCUCUAAAUCCUUGUCUGCAAUCAAACACCAUGUUGUUGUGAUACAUCUCACUGUGGUGUUAAAAGCCAGAGGCAGUACCUUCGAAACAGUUUUGUGAACACUUUUCCUGUGAUAUUGAGUUACAUCAAAGCUUUAAUUAACAAACGUUAACAUUUAUUGGUGAGAUGCACACAUGUUUGAAUAAUUAAUAUCUAUAAUCUAUACAUAAUUUAUUUUGUACUGUAACCUGAGAGGCAGUCAGUUAGUUAUUUUCAUAAACACACCUUAUGUAGAGUCUAGAGGCCCAGCCACCACAGCUGAACUGUUUGGCAGCAACAAAGCUUUGUGAUUGAUUAUGUUUACAGACCUGCUCCAGCAACAGUGUGUAUAUUGAGGCCUGGAUUUGAUUGUUUCUGACAGGAUUUUAGUGAUGUUACCCCAAACUAGUUUUGCAGUAUUUUCUGUAGAGCUUUCGAUGUGGCAGUUGGCUUGAAUAGAAUCCAUAAAUAUACAGAACACAAAUAUAAAUGCAACAUGCAACAAUUUCAAAGAUUUUACUGAGUUACAGUUCAUAUGAGGAAAUCAGUCAAUUUAAAUAAAUUCAUUGGGCCUUAAUCUAUGGAUUUCACAUGACUGGGAAUACAGAUAUGCAUCUGUUAGUCACAGAUACCUUUUAAAAAAUGGGCCUCACAAUGGGCCUCAGCAACUCGUCACAGUAUUUCUGUGCAUUCAAAUUGCCACCAUACCAUAACCCCGCUACCACCAUGGGGCACUCUGUUCACAAUGUUGACAUCAGCAAACCGCUCGCCCAUGCGACGCCAUAGACGUGGCCUGCCAAUUUCUCUAAAAUAACGUUGGAGGCGGCUUAUUUCCUUUGGGGAUGGGACAGUGAAGUAGUGUCAAAUAAAACAAUAAAAAAUAUUUCUCACAUGCUUAGUAAACAGGUGUAGACUAACAGUGAAAUGCUUACUUAAGGGUCCUUUUCCAACAAUACAGAGUUAAAGAUAAAUAGAAUAAGAAAUAGAAUAAAUACACAGUGAAUAACGAGUAAAAAUAACAUGGCUAUAUACAGGGAGUACCAGUACCGAGUCGAUGUGCAGGGCUAAGAGGUAAUUGAGGUAGCUAUGUACAUAUAGGUAGGGGUAAAGUGACUAGGCAACAGGAUAGCUUGUAGCAGCAGCACAGGGAGUGUGAAAGUGUGUGUGGCGUAAGUAUGCAUGUGUGCGCAUGUUAUGGUGUGUGUGUGUUGGGGUGUCGGCGUAAGUAUGUGUGGGUAGAGUCCAGUGUGUGUGUAGACUCAGUGCAAGGGAGUUGGUGCAAAAAUCCAUCCAUCCAUCCAUCCAUAUAGGCUAGCUAGUCCUGUUUAGCACCCCCUGUGACGUUCAUCCCCAUUUUUCCCCCGGGGUCCUUUUCCUCCUGCGUUCUAGAGCCAGAUCUCUGUUCUGCAGAACCGCAUAGAACAGCUGGAGCAGCUACUGGAGGAGAACCACCAGAUCAUCAGCCACAUUAAGGACUCUGUUCUGGAGCUGACCGACACCGGCGCUGUGUCCCCCAGUGGACAGCUGCCCUUCCGCAGUGCCAAUGGCUCCUGGAUCCUGCCCUUCGACGGACGCCCCACCUUCCUCUCCGUCAAGCCCCAGGACUGCCAGUUUGCCCAGGGCCGCCGCGGACAGACCGACCUGCAGGUGACCUGCUCUCCAGGGACUGUCUGGUCUGGGAGGAACUCUGUUGUUCUGUUGGCCAUCAGUAGGCCAUACAGUUGAAGUUGGAAGUUUACAUACACCUUAGCCAAAUACAUUUAAACUCAGUUUUUCACCAUUCCUGACAUUAAUCCUAGUAAAAAAUUCCCUGUAUUAGGUAAGUUAGGAUCACCACUUUAUUUUAAGAAUGUGAAAUGUCAGAAUAAUAGUAGAGGGAAUGAUUUAUUUCAGCUUUUAUUUCUUUCAUCACAUUCCCAGUGGGUCAGAAGUUUACAUACACUCAAUUAGUAUUUGGUAGCAUUGCCUUUAAAUUGUUUAACUUGGGUCAAACGUUUCGGGUAGCCUUCCACAAGCUUCCCACAAUAAGUUGGGUGAAUUUUGGCCCAUUCCUCCUGACAGAGCUGGUGUAACUGAGUCAGGCUUUUUCAGUUCUGCCCACAGAUUCUCUAUAGGAUUGAGGUCAGGGCUUUGUGAUGGCCACUCCAAUACCUUGACUUUGUUGUCCUUAAGCCAUUUUGCCACAACUUUGGAAGUAUGGUUGGGGUCAUUGUCCAUUUGGAAGACCCAUUUGCGACCAAGCUUUAACUUCCUGACUGAUGUCUUGAGAUGUUGCUUCAAUAUAUCCACAUAAUUUUCCUUCCUCAUGAUGCCAUCUAUUUUGUGAAGUGCACCAGUCCCUCCUGCAGCAAAGCACCCCCACAGCAUGAUGCAGCCACCCCCGUGCUUAUUGGGAUGGUGUUCUUGGCUUGCGAGCAUCCCCCUUUUUCCUUCAAACAUAACGAUGGUCAAACAGUUAUAUUUUUGUUUCAUCAGACCAGAGGACAUUUCUCCAAAAAGUACGAUCUUUGUCCCCAUGUGCAGUUGCAAACCGUAGUCUGGCUUUUUUAUGGCAGUUUUGGAGCAGUUGCUUCUUCCUUGCUGAGUGGCCUUUCAGGUUAUGUCGAUAAAGGACUCGUUUUACUGUGGAUAUAGAUACUUUUGACCCUGUUUCCUCCAGCAUCUUCACAAGGUCCUUUGCUGUUGUUCUGGAAUGGAUUUGCACUUUUCGCACCAAAGUACGUUCAUCUCUAAGAGACAGAACGCGUCUGCUUCCUGAGCGGUAUGACGGCUGCGUGGUCCAAUGGUGUUUAUACUUGCGUACUAUUGUUUGUACAGAUGAACGUGGUACCUUCAGGCGUUUGGAAAUUGCUCCCAAGGAUGAACCAGACUUGUGGAGGUCUACAAUUCUUUUUCUGAGGUCUUGGCUGAUUUCUUUUGAUUUUCACAUGAUGUCAAGCAAAGAGGCACUGAGUUUGAAGGUAGGCCUUGAAAUACAUCCACAGGUACACCUCCAAUUGACUCAAAUGAUGUCAAUUAGCCUAUCAGAAGCUUCUAAAGCCAUUACAUCAUUUUCUGGAAUUCUCCAAGCUGUUUAAAGGCACGGUCAACUUAGUGUAUGUAAACUUCUUACCCACUGGAAUUGUGAUACAGUGAAUUAUAAGUGAAAUAAUCUGUCUGUAAACAAUUGUUGGAAAAAUUACUUGUGUCAUGCACAAAGUAGAUGUCCUAACCGACUUGCUAAAACUAUAGUUUGUUAACAAUACAUUUGUGGAGUGGUUGAAAAAUGAGUUUUAACGACUCUAACCUAAGUGUAUGUAAACUUCCGACUUCAACUGUAUGUGUGUGUAAUUGUUAACAUGCUGUCUCUUUUCUAUGUGGCAGAUUUAAGGUGAUGGGUUACAGAUAUCAUGUGAUUUGCCUCUGUUCUCUCUACCCCCCCCCCCCCCCCAAAUAAUUAUUUGUUAUUUUUUACUUUGGCUUAUAUUCUAAACCUAAGGCAGAGAUAAGUCAGCCAUCUUUGGUCUGUUGCCUUCCAGAUGCUGGACAUAUACUCCCUGUUGAAGUUUGACAAUGUGGAUGGGGGUGUGUGGAAGCAGGGCUUUGAGAUCCUCUAUGAGCCUGGGGAGUGGGAUAAUGAACCGCUGCAGGUGUUUGUGGUCCCUCAUUCCCACAACGACCCAGGUGAGACAUGGCUCUAAAGCAAGGUUCUUCAGGGCACAUCGUAGCAAACAACGUAGCAAAAGACGAAGGAAGGCAAAGUCUAGGGAAGCAAAAAAGUGAUAGAAAAAAAUAGUUUUUCCUUUUUUUAUUCUAAGCAAAAAACUAAACCUUGAUUGAGUUAUUACCUGCAAUAUUAAGCAGAUGACCUGAUUGACAAAUGGAGUGACACAAUGACAUUAGAAUGCCAACUUCUAAGCUAUUUUUAGAUUAGAAUGGCUGUGUAUUGGCACAAGAUUUGAUUUUAGCCAGAGACUGACAGUUCCAUUAGAUUUGUUUACAGCCAGUGCAAGGCCAGCUAGCUAACUUGACAGUUAUUGACUUGUUGACCAUGGUAGAAACCGUAAAGUUUUGUCAUUCAAUAACAGGAAUAGCCAUUCAAUAUGGUUCCAUUUUAAUUAGUAUAGACUUUGCUCUUUACCAAGAUGUCACUGAGUAAAUGUUCACAUCUUGUCCUGGGUCUGUGGAGAGCUAUGAGAGACCACUGAGACUGUUGUCAGUGAAUUCAAAAAAGCAGUUUUCUUUGUUAUGGGAUGUUCUCUCUAAAGGCCAGAGCUUUUAAGGUUUAACAAGACUGCAGGUGAAGUGAAGUAGGUCAAACGGCAGGACUGGCACAGAGUCAGUCCUGCAGACAACGCAACGGUAAAAGGCCCCUUUCACUGUCGGUCCUCUAGUCUAGUUGGUUGAUCUACUUUCUACCAGUCUGUGCAUCCAGUGGCGUGGACUACUAUGGUUUAGUCUGUUAGCAUAGUGCUCUAUAGAUGAGUUAGUGCUAGGCUACUCUGUUGAUGUAUUGUAGAGUAAUCAACUUCUCUCCUUUCUGAGAGAUUCAUGGACUUUUUGCCUGUGUCUCAGCCUCUUUGACAAUACAUUCAAGAAGUUCAUUGUAAGGCACAGUUACUGUUCUGUUUAAAUAAUAAAACCGGGGUGUUAGUUGUAAUACUGCACAGCUCUGUUUUGGUUGGUACUGUACCACUGACCUGCUUUUACCCCUCUUGUCAUGGCAAAAUCCAAAAUACAUGAUAAUAAAUAGUACAGUACUGUGUCUGUCAGGGGGGUCGAUGGUAGAUUCACUCUUCUGACUUCUUUAUUCUUCAUCUUCUAUUCAUGUCUGAAACUGUAUUGUUGCGCUCAUCACCUCUGUGCUGCGAUCUCGUGUCCCGACAGGCUGGAUCAAGACAUUUGAUAAGUACUACACAGAUCAGACGCAGCACAUCUUCAACAACAUGCUGGUCAAGCUGACUGAGGACCCACGCAGGAAGUUCAUUUGGUCUGAGAUCUCCUUCUUCGCCAAGUGGUGGGAGAGCGCCGACAUGCACAAGCAGGAAGCCAUGCGCAAGUACGUAUCUCACAGUCACAGCACUAGCUCUCAAACAUCUUACUACAACACAGUUUAAGUCUGCCACUGUUGGUUCUUCCCUAAAGUAUUUGAGCCGUCCUUUGAGGAUUGCCCACACAGGGAAGAGUCAAUAGUGGCAGUCUUGGUAGAUUUUAAUUAAGUUGUUGUAGUGUAGUAAUACAGUAUUUGACAUGUGUAUAUAUGAUAUUAUAAAUACCUCUCAUGCGACUCGUAAUUAGACUAAGCAAUUAGCCUAUUAAAAUGUUUAUCUGACUCCAUAAGAAAAAUAGCAAUAUGCAAGAGACUUUAGUUGAGUUACAGUAAUAUGCAAUGAAGAAAUGUCUUAGAAUGGAAUUCUAAAUAAAGUGUAUUUAAUUACUUUAUCAAAUGAAUGAUAACAUUAUACAAGGCAUAAGCUUAAGUUACAAAGCAUUAACAAGCAUUAUAAGGCAUUCUAAGCAUGGUCAGAGAGAGAGAGACAAAGAAACCAAGGCUUGUGCCAUGGCCAAGAGCUCAUGGAAGAGAGAGAGAAAGGGUGUAGGUAUCUCACCACAGCAAGUCAGGAACAAAUAAGAAAGAACAGAGCAUCUAAGACCCUUUUAUAAGCAUCUGAGUUGUUUGCAUUCAAAAACUGAGUUGUUGACCAGUAGUAUUACUAGUAGUAAAGUUAACCUCGAAUCAGAUAUCAGAUCUACAGGAUGUAACCUCUGCUUCUCAGAGGUGAGACAAUGGGGGUUGGCAAGAUCAACACAGAGAAUGCUGAAUUCCUAAGACAACACAGAGGAAUUUCUUGCAUACAGUUGAUAAGAAAAGUCACUUCGGGGGCUGGCCCUACAUUGUUGUUUUCUGUAAGCAGGAACUCGCCCAGCUGUGAAUGUCUACCCAACUUGCAAAACUGUAUUUUUUCAGUAUCACUUACCGCAGUGUAAACAACCUGCCAGGCCACAUUAGCAGCGUGAUCUACAGUAAUUAGCUAAUGAGCUCCACAUCUCCCUUGGCAAAAUAGCUUGUUAUUUGGUUGAAGCGGUGGCUCUGAGUAAGCGUUGGCUUUUCAAAUAAUUUUAUUUGUCACAUACUUCGUAAACAACAGGUGUAGACUAACAGUGAAAUGCUUACUUACGGAUCCUUUUCCAACAAUGCAGAGUUUUCCUCACCUCUCUACUGUGUGGAUGUCUUAAAUCCUCUAUCUGUCUCAGGCUAAUCCUGGGAGGGCAGCUGGAGAUGGUGACCGGAGGCUGGGUGAUGACUGAUGAGGCCAACGUUCACUACUUUGCCAUGAUUGACCAGCUCAUAGAGGGCCAUCAGUGGCUGGAGAAGAACGUGGGUAAGGGACACGCUUCCCCUCUCCGAGAUGCCUUCUCUCAUUCAUGCAAGGGGUUUUGCCAGCUGUAAUGUUUGAAGCAGAAGCAUUGGAAAGUUAAUAUGAUUCAAACUCUGAGUGGAUAACUUUUUAACGACACCUUUGCGCAUAUUGUGUGAAAUCCUGUAUGACUUCGGUCAUAGUCCUGUUGCAGUAGGAGUUCCAUUGUGACAUAGAAACUGUGCACCAUGCUCUGUUGUAUUCUCCAUGAUGUUAACCCUCCUGUGCUGUGCCCUACUGUAGGUGUGACCCCACGGUCAGGCUGGGCGGUGGACCCCUUUGGCCACAGUGCCACCAUGUCCUACUUGCUGAAGAGGGCCAACCUGACCAGCAUGCUCAUCCAGAGGGUCCACUACUCCAUCAAGAAGCACUUCGCCUCCAGCCGCAGCCUGGAGUUCAUGUGGAGGCAGUCCUGGGGUCAGUGGCUGGCUGGUUUGCUGCCAGGAAAACCAUCUAAUCUAUUUACACCAUAAUGUGCUUAUCUCUCUGGAUUGCAAAUUUCCAAUGAGCGCUGCCACUCUGGACGGCCUUUCAAAGUCAAAUUGAGGUUGAGGGAAAUGUUGCAAGGGUCACAAGUGGCCAAUUUUAUUGUUUGGACUAAGAACAGUAAUAGUUGUUUGUUCCUUGCUUUUAUUUGCAUUGUACUUUUGAAUUCACAAAAACACCAAAAUAAAUAAACUAUGUUCUGUUUGUGUUGCCAGACCAAGAUUCGGGCACAGACAUCUUCUGCCACAUGAUGCCCUUCUACAGUUAUGACGUGCCACACACCUGCGGGCCCGACCCCAAGAUCUGCUGCCAGUUUGACUUCAAGAGGCUGCCGGGCGGCCGGGUCAACUGUCCCUGGAAGGUUCCUCCACGGGCCGUGGUGGAGGCCAACGUGGCAGAAAGGUGAGCCCAGCAGAGAGCCUCCCCUUGGCCUUUUACGCCACACUGCUAGGGGGGAGAUGUCAGAGCUCUGCAGUAGAGCAGGGAGUGGGGGUGCAGAGAAUCAUGGAAAUAUUCAACCGGCUUUGUAGACCUUCACUGCGACUUGCUUAUCAAUGAAUAGUUUUGUGUAGAAAAAAAACGCUUAAUGGAACUUUCCAAAGCACACAUUCCUGAGAGAGGCUAAUGGAAAAUAGCUCUCUCACUGAAAGCUAUUGAUUGCCUUUUUCCUUUUAUCCUCCAUUUUCUAAGGUCAUGUACAGUCAUCUAUUGUCCUGUAACACUGGCAUUGCGCUGGGAUGAACUCACACAUUUACAUUAACAUUUGACAUUUUAGGCAUUUAGCAGACGCUAUUAUCCAGAGUGUCGAUACAUUAUUUUUAUUUUUCCCGUACUGGUCCCACGUGGGAAUCAAACCCACAACCCUGGCGUUGCAAGCGCCAUGCUCUACCAACUGAACCACACGGGACUACACAACUAAGAGACGAUUUAAUAUGUAAUGCGUUUCAAAAGAAGACAUUUCCGCACACUGCUUGCAAGCUUUCGCCUUUUCAUUCAAAUAUAUGCUUUGACGAAGGUCAAUAGACAGAAAUGUUGCUAUUGCCAGUCAUUUCUAUAUUCUAAAGCAAGCAGUGAUCAAGUCAGUGUGCCCGGUUUUUGGUAAGCAAUUGGGUGCAUGUAUUUCAUGAUACUUGUUUGCUACAACACUUUGCUGAAACAAGGAGCAACAAAGUGUCAUCACGUUGUAAAGUAUUUUUUAAUGCCCGGCCAUCCCGUCUUCAGUCAGCUGCUUGUUCCACAACACAAAAUGAUUUUGUCUCCUCUAGUCUCUCCUAUUUUGUCUCCUCUUUCCUGAUAUCGGCUGUUAGAUGUGAACCAGGCUUACUUUUACUUUACUGCUUUUGGGUAAAGUUUGUCAUCUUGAAAAUGAAGUUGAUAAAAGAAAAAAAACUGGUUAAGACUGUUAUUUAAUUUUCAUGACAGUCUUCAUCCAUAAUCGUCAGUUACACGAUUAUACAAUUACAGUGCCAGCCCUACUGUGACCUGAGUCACUCUCUCCACCCCAGGGCCCACCUGCUCUUGGACCAGUACCGUAAGAAGUCCAAGCUGUUCCGCAGUAAGGUGGUUCUGAUUCCGCUGGGAGAUGACUUCCGCUACGAUAAGGCCCUGGAGUGGGACCAGCAGUACCUCAAUUACCAGAGACUCUUUGACUACAUGAACUCUCACCCUGAGAUGCACGUGCAGGUAUGUUCGUUUUAGUUGAUAUUUGAUUAAUUCUAAAAUGUAAUGUCUCACCUGUAUGGUCCUGUGUGUCUCCAGGCCCAGUUUGGGACCCUGACCGAAUACUUCACUGCGGUUUACAAGGCCAACGGUGUGCCCCAGGGUGCCAGACCCCCAGAAUACCCGGUGCUGAGCGGGGACUUCUUUGCGUACGCAGACCGCGAGGACCACUACUGGAGCGGAUACUACACCUCCCGGCCUUUCUACAAGAGCAUGGACCGCGUGCUGGAGUCCCAUCUCAGGUAAGGCCAGAUAUAAACAGACAGACAUGGCUUUAGUACAUCUGUAAAACAGCAGGUUGGUAUCUGCGCCUUACUCAGUCUUUAAUUCAACAAUGUAAGCCACAUGCGUAGGUUUCAAAGGCAAAAUCAUUGUAAGAUGGAGACCUGUCUGCACACAGUCAAAGUUAGGAAAAAUCCCAAAACGUUAUUCUGUCUUUGUUAAUUUGUUCCUCUGUGCUGUUCCCCAGGGGGGCAGAGAUCCUGUUCAGUUUGGCUGUGGCCCACGCUCGCCACGUGGGAAUGGAGGGCCGCUACCCCACGUCAGACUACACACUGCUGACGGACGCUAGGCGCACCGUCGCCCUGUUCCAGCAUCACGAUGCCAUCACAGGCACCGCCAAGGAGAACGUGGUCAUCGACUACGGCAACAGGUCAGUUGCUAAGAGAGAGAGACAGAAUAGAGAGUAUCUUUUUCAACUUUAAAAACUUUUAUAAGGAAAAGUAUUCACUAGUUUUCUUUUUUUUCUUUCUACAUCCCUGCCUUUGUGACCACUGGUCUGAAAAUAAAAAUCCCACUAUUUUACACUUAUGUCUCAAACUCAGUUUAAUGGUUCUGAAGGAACAGAGAAAAGAGACGAGGCUAAGUGGCCAUUCAAGAAUACUAGGAUAAUGUCUCAUUGGUCCUUUGUCUCUCCUUUAGGUUACUGCGCUCCCUGCAUGGCCUGAAGAGAGUAAUCAUUAAUGCAGCCCACUUCCUGGUAAUGAAGAACAAGGACGUGUAUCGCUUCUACCAGACAGAACCCUUCCUAGAGACGGUGAGGGAUGACCGGGAGACAUGGAGCUCUAGCAAUGCAUUACAGUGUUAAAAUAACUCACAUAAGCCCAGCUUCUUUUGUAUGUUAAUUUCCCAUCGGAUGCCUUGUUGUUGACUGUAUAUCAAUCGAGUUGUGAUCUACUCCUACUCAGUGCUUCUCUAGUCUAGUGACAAGCAAUAAGUGCAUUUCUGACUCUCAUAUACAGUGCCUUCAGAAAGGAAUCAAAUCAAUCAAUCAAUCAAUCAAUCAAUCAAUUUUAUUUUAUAUAGCCCUUCUUACAUCAGCUAAUAUCUCGAAGUGCUGUACAGAAACCCAGCCUAAAACCCCAAACAGCUAGUAAUGCAGGUGUUCAACCCCUUGACUUAUUCCACAUUUUGUUGUUACAGCCUGAAUUCAAAAUUGAUUAAAUAUAUAUUUUUCUCACCCAUCUACAUACAAUACCCCAUAAUGACAAAGUGAAAACAUGUUUUUAGAAUUUAUAGCAAAUGUAUUGAUAAUGAAAUACAAAAAUAUCUCAUUUACAUAAGUAUUCACACCCCUGAGUCAGUACAUAUUAGAAUCACCAUUGGCAGCGAUUACAGCUGUGAGUCUUUAUGGGGUAGUCGCUAAGAGCUUUGCACAACUGGAUUGCACAAUAUAUGCACAUUAUUCUUUAAAAACAUUAUUCAAGCUCUGUGAAAUUGGUUGUUGAUCAUUGCUAGAUAGACAUUUUCAAGUCUUGCCAUAGAUUCUCAAGCCUAUUUAAGUCAAAACUGUAAGUAGGCCACUCGGGAACAUUGAAUGUCGUCUUGGUAAGCAACUCCAGUGUAUAUUUGGCCUUGUGUUUUAGGUUAUUGUCCUGCUGAAAGGUGAAUUUGUCUCCCAGUGUCUGUUGGAAAGCAGACUGAAGCAGGUUUUACUCUAGGAUUUUGCCUGUGCGUAGCUCUAUUCCGUUUAUUUUUAUCCUAAUAAACUCCCUGCCAGAUAAAAAGGAUACCCAUAACAUGAUGCAGCCACCACCAUGCUUGAAAGUAUGAAGAGUGGUACUCAGUGGUGUGUUGUUGGAUUUGCCCCAAACGUAAUGCUUUUUAUUCAAGACAUAAAGUUCAUUUCUUUGCCACAUUUUUUGCAGUUGUACUUUAGUGCCUUAUUGCAAACAGGAUGCAUGUUUUGGAAUAUUUGUAUUCUGUACAGGCAUACUUCUUUUCACUCUGUCAUUUAGGUUAGUGUUGUGGAGUAACUCCAAUGUUGUUGAUCCAUCCUCAGUUUUCUCCUAUGACAACCAUUAAACUCUGUAACUGUUUUAAAGUCACCAUUGACCUCAUGGUGAAAUCCCUGAGCGGUUUCCUUCCUCUCUGGCUACUGAGUUAGGAAGGAUUCCUGUGUCUUUGUAGUAACUGGGUGUAUUGAUUCACCAUCCAAAGUGUAAUUAAUAACUUCAACAAGCUCAAAGGGAUAUUCAAUGUCUGCUUUUUUUGUUUUUACCCAUCUACCAAUGGGUCUCCUUCUUUGCGAGGCAUUGGAAAACCUCCCUGGUCUUUGUGGUUAAAUCUGUCUUUGAAAUUCACUGCUCGACUGAGGGACCUGACAGAUAAUUGAAUGUGUGGGGUACAGAUAUGAGGUAGUCAUUAAAAUCAUGUUAAACACAACUCCAUGCAACUUGUUAUGCGACAUGUUACGCAAAUGUUUACUCCUCAACUUAUUUAGGCUUGCCAUAUCAAAGGGGUUGAAUACUUACUGACUCAAGACAUUUCAGCUUUUAAUUUAUUAAUUUCUAAAAACAUAAUUCCACUUUGACAUGAUGCGGUAUUGUGUGUGUGUGGGCCAGUGACACAAUGUCAAUUUAAUCAAUUUUAAAUUCAGGCUGUAACUCAACAAAAUGUGGUAAAAGUCAAGGGGUGUGAAUACUUUCUCAAGGCACUGUAUACUUCUGUGUUUGUGACUAUAGGAUGAUAUGCGUGCCACCCAAGACUCCCUGCCCCAGCGCACCCUUAUCGAGCUGGACCAGUCAGGACCUAGGUAACCCCCUCCUCCCCUCUGCCUCAGUACAGUCUCUCAUGGGUGGAGUGUUUGACUGAUAUCCCCCUGUCUCUCUCUGUUAGGUACCUGGUGCUGUUCAACCCAGUGGAGCAGGACAGGCUGUGUGUGGUGACAGUGUUGGUGAACUCUGCCAGGGUCCGGGUGCUCACAGAGGACGGACAGUCCCUCCCCGUACAGCUCAGUGCCCAGUGGAGCUCUGCUAGCCAGAUGAGCGCAGAGGGCUUCCAGGUGUGUGUGUGUGUGUAUGGUUGCUGGUUUAAUUUGUAGCGUUCUCAGUGACUAUUUAAUGGGCAUUGCUUGGUACUUCAUUUGACAGAUGCAUUGAUAUAUGUGUAGCAUGAGUGUCUGCCAUGUGUGUAUGUUUAACUGUUUUCUCCUGUCUGCAGGCCUCCUUCAUGGUGCGUCUGCCUGCCCUGGGCCUGGCUGUGUUUCACCUGUAUGACUCUGCUGACACCCCCAUGACGCUGCGCUCUGAGACCCUGCUGAGGCUGUCUGGUCAGGGGCAGACUGCCCACGCCGUGGACCCCCUCCCAUUGCGCUCCCAGACAGCAGACCCACAGCCCUUCUACAUCUCCACCCAGUCCCUCACACUGGGCUUCUCUGGAACCACCGGCCUGCUGGAGGUAUGUGGCGGGGAAGAGGCUUGCGGCCCAAAUGGCACCCUUGAGGAUGCAGCCACUGACUAUGCUUUGUCUCUAACAGAUUGACUGAUUUGGAAGUCAGCCUAAACGUUGUGACUAAAAUGAUCAAAUUAGCCCAAGGCCGUUUAAUUUGGUUGAAGUGUAAUGUAUAAUUCUCUCUCUCGCUUGGUCUAUCAGAGUAUCCAUCGAAAAGAUGACCCCCAGGAGGUCAAGGUUCAGAUCCAGUUUGUGACGUACGGUACUCGGUCGUCAAAGGACAAGAGCGGGGCUUACCUCUUCCUGCCUGAUGGGAAGGCUAAGGUGAGCUAGCUGCCAAUCCCCCCAUCUGUACUAGAGCGUCAGGUAGCCUAACGGUUAGAGCACUGGGCCAGGUCGCUGGUUGGAAUGCCCGAGCCGACAAGGUGUAAAAUCUGUCUGUGCCCUUGAGCAAGGCACUUAACCCUAAUUUGCUCCAGGGGCUUCGUACUACUAUGGCUGACACUGUAAAACAACACAUUUCACUGCAACUAUCCGGUGUAUGUGACAAUAAAACAUAUUUUUCACCUGUAUAACGUUUUAGGCUCAGUCCUAACCUUAACCAUUACAGAAACACACUGUCUCUGUCUCGCCAUCUCUCAGCCCUACAGUCAGAAGGAGCCUCUGGUGGUCCGUGUGGUGGAGGGCCCUCUCUUCUCUGAGGUAGUGGCUCUGUACCAGCACUUCCAACAGACCAUUUGCAUACACAAUGUGCCAGGUGUGGAUGGUCUGUCCCUGGAUGUCACCACCAUGGUGGACAUCAGAGACCAGUCUAACAAAGAGCUGGCCAUGCGGCUGGUCACGGAUAUCCAGAAUGACGACACCUUCUACACAGACCUCAACGGAUUCCAGGUCAGACCACAAUGCACACUUUACACUAGAGUGUCUGACCUUUGGCUUCAACAUGUACCUCAAUACUGUAAUGUUUCCACAGAUGCAGCCCCGGCGCCACUUCCUGAAGCUCCCCCUGCAAGCCAACUUCUACCCCAUGCCCAGCCAGGCCUACAUCCAGGACAGCCAGCUCCGCCUCACCCUGCACUCUGCCCAGGCCCUGGGCGUCACCAGCCUAGAGAGCGGUAGGGAGGGACAACUUAUACGUUGUUUUUCUUAAUACCUUAGAAAACAUCAGGAACACUAUCUCUUAUGUCUCUAAAGGUGUCAUUUAAGAGGGACUGGUAGCAGUUUUUCCUUUUUCAUUUACUGUAAUGGGGUGACUUCUCUGCUGUUUGCCAUUGCAAUGUUAUCUCUGUUUAUUUCUAUGGAGCUCAUAGAGAUAGAUAGAGGACUCAUCUUUGUAUCUGUGCCAUUAUGGUGUCUGUGACAGCAUGGGCAGUGCGAGAGACGGAAUUGGAAGUGACACCCCACGCUAUUUUUUUUUCUGGUUCAAUGGAACCUAAAAUGGUGGAAGUCCUCAAUGGCAAUAUCCAUACUAAAACGGGUUCUAUCCAGUAUCUAGAGUCCCCUAUCUAUCUCUAUGAUGGAGCUAUAAAUGCAUGUCUCUGCUUUUUCCUCCCUCAGGCCAGUUGGAGGUGAUUUUGGACCGGCGGCUGAUGCAGGAUGAUAACCGUGGCCUGGGCCAGGGCCUGAAGGACAACAAGAAGACGGCCAACCGCUUCCGCCUCCUACUGGAGAGGAGGUCCACUGGUAACAAGGUCAGUCAGUCUAAAAUCCUCAGAUGGAAGGGAGUUAGUUAUUGGAGCUACCUGGAUUUAGUUUAUAGGUGUCAUAUCCAAGCAAAUGAACACAAUCUAGUCUGAGGGGAAACAGUGAGUAAGCCGGGACUUUUUCUCAGUGUCUGAAAUGUCUCAUCUCUCAUGCUGCACUCGGUAACCCCUGUCUCCGUUCUUCAUUUGUCACCCCCCUCCAUUUAUUUUGUCAUCUCUCUCUCUCUCUCUCUCUGUCUGCUGCUCCAUUGCACUCAGCAUGAUGGCUUCUUUGCCAAACUCUCUGCCAUGUUUCACUCUCUCGUCUCCUUCGCCCUGAGAGGCGGGGCUCAAGAGGUAAUGUUGCAAUGGCAACAGUGAGGUCACUAGCUACCCAGCCGUGGCCGUCUGUCUAUGUAAUCUGUGUUAUAGCUGUUCUUACCUUCUAGUUUAACCUGUAUUUAGCUGCCCUGUACCCUUUAGCUCAAAAGUCUGCCGUAGCAGCAUUGCAAGCAUCCUGGAAUUGGAUAUGCGCUUAAAAUGCAAAUAAUUGUUUUCAGCUCUGCAGUUUCCCUGCUGUGUUGGCUGUUGAAGCUAAGCAGGGUGGGACGGGGUUAGUUAUCAGAUUUGACCUGUCUUCCUGCCUCCCAGGUGGUGGACAGCGGACCAACCAGCUUCCCCUCCCUACUCAGUCACAUGACCUCGGCCAUCCUCAACCACGAGGUGCUGGCGCUGCCCGUGCUGCCCAAGAAGCGUGGCAUCCCUCCCUUGCACACCUUUGCCCCCCUUACGGGGGCCCUGCCCUGUGACUUCCACGUGCUCAACCUGCGCAGCAUCCAGCACCAGGUAACUAGAAGUGAAGAAAUAAUUGUCCUGUUUGUGGAACGUCAAUAUACUGGAAGAUAUAAUACAUUCUGUGCGCUUACCAUUGAUGCUAACAUGUUUGUGUGACUUGUAGCAGGACACCCACUCCCCAUCUCCCUACACGGCCCUCAUCCUGCAUCGGAAGGGUCUGGACUGUGGCCUGGAGACCCCCAACCCCGGAUUCAACUGUACCACUACCGAGGGACAGGUCAGUGGUCCUCAACAACACACACACACACAUGGAUCACCACAUACACAACUGGGGGGGAUAGUACAGUGUGUUGCACAGACACAUACACUACUGCAGUUGGAGUCAUUCUAGCAGUCUGGAAAGUUCUUCUCUGUGUUAGACAUGAGGACUGACUGGGCAAAUCUUUCUCUCAUAAACACUCUUUCUACAUCCUCUCUUUCACAAACCGUAUCCAUCUCUCGCUCUCUCUCGCUCCCUCUCCUUGUCUGUUCCUCUAGCUGGGUUUGUCUUCUCUGUUCCGUAACCUGGACCUCCAGCUGCUGCAGCCCGUGUCUCUGUCCCUGAUGUACUCCAGCCCCCCUCUGGCCAAUGACUCCUCCGUCAGCCUGGAGCCUAUGGAGAUCUCAGCCUUCAGACUCAAACUGCGCUAGCCAGGCCCAGAUAAACACCUCUACACCAGACCAGACCCACCCAGGCCAAGCCUGGUCCCACCUGGUCUUGCUCUGUUCAGUUCUAGUCUAUAGGAAGACUGCCUCCCAGUGCACAGAGGGGUGGCCAAGCUGGGGCUUCCUGGUCCAACCUGUGUAUACAACACACUACACUACAACACUCUACACUACACUACACCACUCUACACUACACUACACCACACCACUCUACACCACACUACACCACUCUACACUAUACCACUCUACACUACACUACACCACAUACACCCUGAACUGUAAAGUCAGCUUGGAAGAACAGGUGUCCACCAUGACUAGACUCGACCUGCAGGGGGCAGAUGGCUGUCACAGACACACAGUGGCUGUCUCCAAUCUAUCUCAGAGAACCAGAAACCUUUGGUGA